UCAUUUUUUGUUUGUUUUUUUACAGAUGCCUACUCUAAAGGACUGCAACACAUGUGGAAAAAAAAUUGGAGUUGCAAGCAAAACAUGUCCACACUGCAAUGCCAAGCAGCCAUACAAGAAAAGUCUUGAAAAAAGAAAAGAAAAGAUUUCCCUUGAAUGGAGGAACCGCCAAAAGAAAAACAGCAGUGUAAACAAAGUUUACGAUGCAACAAAUCUACUGCUCCACAAGUGGGACCUUUUAGAGAGGUUCCCAAUCCUUCUCCUUGCCAGGAGAACCUCAAAUGGUUUUUCUGCUGAGUGCUUCUGUCCAUGGAAUAUGGACACAGAAGAUACUCAGGAUGCUUUUCUUACUAUAAAGAGGUUGUAUGAAAGUCUUCUUAAUGUGGCUAUUGCAGAUAAAGAAGCGAGCAGCACAGGGGAGAGUUCUGCCAUAAACAGCUCACAGACAGAGACUCCACCAGCAGACCCAUCAGAGUCCACACCUCUGCUCACCUGUAAUGUGGCUAUUGCAGAUAAAGAAGCGAGCAGCACGAGAGACAGUUCUGCCAUAAACAGCUCGCAGACAGAGACUCCACCAGCAGACCCAGCAUCAGAGUCCACACCUCUGCUCAGCCCUGAGUCUGACACUCUUUUACUUCCUCCUGCAUCUGCCACCUUGGCUUCUCUUGUUUCGAUCACCUCCUUGACAUCUCCUAGGUCUUUAUCCAUUGCUCAUCCAGUCUCCCCCCUGACUCAUCCCGUUUCUGUCUCCUCUCAGUCUAGUAGUCUUUUAUCUUCUUCUCUGUCUUCUCCUCUGCCACCAACCGCUACCCUUUCUACCUGUUCUAAACUGUCCACUGAGCUAGGCAGUCCAGGCCCAGUCUCUUCCUCACGAAAAAAAAGACAAAUAAAGAGGAAAGCAGAUCAUGAAGGCAGUCCAGGCCCAGUCUCUUCCUCACGAAAAAAAAGACAAAUAAAGAGGAAAGCAGAUCAUGAAGAAUGCCCCAUGCAUAAAGAAUCAACCAGUUUCCCUUACAAAAAAAUUUUGAGGAAAAGAAUCAGGGAGGGUCAUGCGGAGGUGUUGGUGCAGUGGCAUCCUUGCUCUGGAUGUGGGAAAAAAUGGAAAAAUUCCUGGGAGCCAAGAGAAAAUUUUCAAAGUCCAUCCUGAAGAUGUGUGUGUGUGUGUGUGUGUGUGUGUGUGUGUGUGUGUGUGUGUGUGUGUGUGUGUGUGUGUGUGUG